AAACGCAGGUCUUAUGCGAUGUAUGGAUAUUAUUGUAUUCCUGAUUCCUGCGAUCGCGUCCUGCCCAGUCAGUGAAUGACAUGAAAUCGGUGGAAAAGUGCGUGUUCAAUUUGCCGCUGUUUGUGGGAACAUGUAUGACGAUGAAUUCUUUACAAACCGCCACUUGUUUUCUGGAAACAAUAAUUCUCGCCCCAAUCAGUUGCUCAAAGAGCAUCAGGGAGGUGAUGGCGUUCAAUGGAGAGGCAGCCGUGGAGGAGGAGGCGGAGGCGGUGGCGGUACAGGGGGCGGCGGGACCGUUCAUGUCAACGGCGGCACCCCCGGAAACGGAACCCUCGGUAUCGGGAACGGGGGUGACCAAACAGAACGAAACAUGUACGACUGCGACAAUGUGGACUCCGCUAUUGAAUCUAACCAGUUGGAGAGGGGGCGCUCAACUGAGAAUGACCCUAUUCACCUCAAGAGACGGGUGGGACUCGUCAGUGGGGUGGCUUUAAUUGUUGGAACGAUGAUAGGGUCUGGAAUUUUCGUGUCACCGUCGGGUCUAUUAGAAAGAACCGGCUCAAUUGGAAUGAGUUUUGUCAUUUGGAUGUCGUGUGGACUUCUGUCUCUUUUAGGUGCGCUCGCGUAUGCCGAGUUAGGCACGAUGAACACAUCAUCCGGUGCAGAAUACGCCUAUUUCAUGGAUGCUUUUGGUGCCCCACCUGCGUUCCUGUUUUCCUGGGCUAGCACCCUCGUCCUGAAACCCUCGCAAAUGGCAAUAAUAUGUCUAAGUUUUGGAAAAUACGCCGUGGAAGCGUUUGUUACCGAGUGCGAACCGCCGGAGAUCGUAGUUAAGUUGGUUGCCCUACUCGCUAUGGUGGUGAUUUUGUAUGUCAAUUGCUACAGCGUGAACCUUGCUACCAGUGUACAAAAUGUGUUUACUGCAGCAAAGCUAGUGGCCGUCUUAAUUGUAAUAUUGGGAGGAGCAUAUAAAAUGAUUGAUGGUAACACCCAGCAUUUAAAAAAUCCCUUCGCCAAUACCCAGUAUUCCGUGGGUAAUAUUGCGACGGCAUUUUACACUGGCUUAUGGGCCUACGACGGCUGGAAUAAUUUAAACUACGUCACCGAAGAAAUAAAAAAUCCCUCCAGGAAUUUGCCCAGAAGUAUAAUAAUAGGAAUUCCUUUGGUAACCAUUUGUUACGCCCUCAUAAAUAUAUCAUAUCUGACCGUUAUGUCACCUAUGGAAAUGAUGACCAGUGAGGCUGUGGCAGUGGUUUUUGGAAAUCGAUUGCUAGGAGUUAUGGCAUGGCUGAUGCCUUUGUCGGUUACAAUUUCAACUUUUGGGUCUGCAAACGGAACACUGUUUGCCGCAGGAAGGCUGUGCUUUGCUGCAAGUCGAGAGGGUCACCUUUUGGAUAUUUUGUCUUAUGUGCAUGUGAGGAGAUAUACGCCGUCCCCUGGGUUAAUCUUUCACUCAAUAAUCGCUGGUGCGAUGGUCAUGUAUGGAACGAUCGACUCAUUGAUAGAUUUCUUCAGCUUCACCGCUUGGAUUUUCUAUGGUGGAGCUAUGUUAGCACUCAUUGUUAUGAGAUAUACAAAACCAAAUUAUCCUAGACCCUAUAAGGUGCCAAUUGUAAUACCGUAUCUAGUAUUGUUGAUCUCGUUUUAUCUGAUAAUAGGUCCUAUCGUGGAUAAACCGACUAUUGAGUACCUGUAUGCUGCAUUAUUUAUUUUAGGCGGGAUGGUUUUUUAUGUUCCUUUUGUACACUACAAAUGGCGCAUACCAUUCAUGGAUGGUCUGACCGCAUUUUUACAAAUGUUACUAGAAGUUGCUCCAACAACAAACAUGUUCGAUUAGCAGCGAACAAACAUUGAAGGGUUUUAAAAAUGACGUGGCAUUUGACAAUUUUACUUAAUUUUGUACCAAAAGAGCAAUAAUAUAAUAUGGUGAAGAGCGUUUUGUUUUCGAAAUUCAAACAGAAAGUUUGAACCAUGUAAUGUUUGAUGCUAUAAGACAGAUUUAAUUUUAAAGUAUGAGUGGUAAUGCUGUGAAGGCCAGAAAUGUUACUUUAUUUGGCCAAUGCUGAGUUUUUGUUAAUUUUAAGGAGUUUUUUUAGAUUGUCAUAAAUAUAGAAUUAAAUGGUUCUAACUUAGAAAGCGGAGAAUAAUUAAAUAAUACGAUAAUAAUUUAGAUAUCAUGUUAACAUUAAGAAGGAACCGCUUACAUUAAGAAGGAACAUUAAAUGAGCUAAAUAUAAAAUGAAUAAAUAACAAUUUUAGAAACAAUUUAUAGGCAUUUAAAUGCAAAAUCUGUGUACAAUAUUUCUUGCAUUUAAUGUAUUUUCUUAAUGUUCGUUUAUAUAGAAGUAACUGCAUUUACAUAUUAAAAGGAACUAGAGAUUCAAAAUAUUUUUAAGAGAACCCGUUGAUUUUUUACCUUUUAACA